ACAAAUUGCGCGCUUGCUGAUUCUCAUGGCAAUCGGAGAUGUACACAGACACUCUGUGCACCUUAGAUACGGGUUAUUACGCAGAUACCGUAGAGUGGUGUCCUGUCAAAGGUUUUGAAGACUAUUUGGUGUGUGGUACUUAUCAGCUGCUCGAGAACAAUGAGAAAAACGAUGGAUACGCACCUUGCCCAGAGGAAUGUUCAAGCGUUGGGAAUAAGAGAGUCGGCAAUGUACAGCUGUAUUGCCUGAGUGAAUCACGUACAAGGUUCACCUGGUUGGAGAAACUGCAAACUCAGGAAACAAGUGGUAUUUUAGAUACAAAGUGGUUAGCAAAGCCAUUAAAUGAUUCUGCUGUACUUGGUGCUGUUACAUCAGAUGGAGAACUGAAGAUCUAUUUCCUCAGAGAAAAGUUAUUAGUUGAGAGCACCAGUUAUAUUUCAAGUCCAGAAAAAUUGUGUCUUUCACUGGAUUGGUCUUUGGAAGAUGAAAACAGCCACAUUGUUGUGAGUGACUCAGGUGGACAGAUUACUUUGUGCAAAUUUAAUGAAGGCACUUCUGAGCUUUGCCAAGUUUUGCAGUGGUCAGGGCAUCAGUAUGAGGCUUGGAUUACAGCAUUUAAUGCUUGGAAUUCAUCAAUUGUAUAUUCUGGUGGGGAUGAUUGCCUACUCAGAGGAUGGGACACAAGAACAGGCUGCCAUAAACCUACAUUUACAAGUAAAAGACAUGAGAUGGGUGUCAGCAGCAUUCAGUGCAAUCUUGCAUAUGAACACAUCAUUGCAACUGGCAGCUAUGAUGAGAAGAUUCAUGUUUGGGACGAUAGAAACAUGACACGCCCAUUAUGCACAUCGCAUCCUGGGGGAGGAGUGUGGAGGAUAAAGUGGCAUCCAAACCAUGGAAACACAAUGCUAACAGCAUGCAUGUAUGAUGGCUUCCAUAUCCUUCAGUUCAACAAUAACACAGGCCAUCAAAGCUUAGAAAAAGUAGUGUCAUAUAAAGAACAAGCAACUUUGGCUUAUGGUGCUGACUGGUGUAGGAAACACAUCCAGCUUGCCAGAUUCAGUGCACAAGAAUUUGUAGAAGUGGACAGAAAUGAUGAACUCAAAAGGACUGACUUAUUUGAUGAAAGCAUUUCCGAUACUCAAACUGAUAUAGUUGCAACUUGUUCUUUUUACGAUCAUGCCUUAAAUUUGUGGACAGUGAGCAGUGCAAUCUCAAGAUAGCCUUGGAAAUGAAACACAGCAAUGUGUCUAUUUCUAUUUUUGAUCCAACUGAGAAGGAACAGCAUGAUUUUGGGGAAUGAGCAGCUGGAAAUAGUAAUGGAGCCUAAUGAAACUUCUGACAAGUUCAGGUGCAGGUUUUUGUUUGCCGUGUUUCAUUUAAGAUUUUGAUAUCAAUUGACAAUGUGAUGUUCAAACAAUAAAAACAAAUGGAAACAAAAUAUAAGAAUAAACUGGUUUUGAAUCCAAGACCCUCACUAUCAAAAAAUUACUACCUCAAGUCUGGUAAGAUAAGGGAAUAAGGGAACUUACAAGAAAUGGGCCUGAGAUCAUAAGGUGC